AUGACUGUGGGCGGAGGCGCUGUGAAAGGCUCAGCCACGUUUCGGACUCUCGGAGACACCCCGCAGAUGGUGUCUCCUCUGGGGCUUCCUCCCGGGGCGGGGAUGGCGCGCGAGUGCGGGGACUUCCCCGAGGCAGUGCCGGCCGGUUGUCUCCUCCCCGGCGACACCUCGCCCCUUAUGUCUCUGGGUGCAGCAUGCGGGCGCGGAGACGCUGCGCCGCGGCGCGACCCAGAGCUCGCCGAGGGCGCCUUCGCCUCUGGCUACGAAGUGUCUCCUGGCUACUCGUUUCUGGGGGGGCUUCAGCCUUCGUGUCUCUUGCCGCUCGCGUCGGUGCCCGCGUCUCCGGCCGCGGUGCCGAGUCUCGUCAGUCUCAAUGUGAGGCCCCACAGGGCCUUUCUGAGGCAGGAGGAAAACUGGCUGGCGAGAGACUUCUACCAAGAGAGGCGGUGGAAGAUGGCCGCUGCGGGGCGGGUGGGAGGCCUCGUCGCUGCGCGAGCCCGGUGGCUCGAGCUCCGGAAGAAGCGCGAAGAACGGCGUUUCUUGGCCGCACCCAUCGCCUCGGCCGUCCAGGCUGUCUGGCUGGGAGCCGUCAGCCAAGUCGAGCCGGGCCUCAUUCCCCCUGCGCUCCAGCCCUGUUGCGCCUCGCUGCCUCCGACCGCGUCUGCGCCCAACCUGCGGCUGUCACUCUUGCGGAGGAGGUGUCGCCCCGCGUUCCUCGCCUCCGGCGAGAGGACAACUCCGGGAGGAGACGGAGACACUGCGUGCAGCGUCUCUGGUGUCUCCUCGCCCCGCGCGGGCGCAACCGCGGACCUCGAGGCGAAAGCGGCGCUGCUGCGCGCGCAGGUUCGGAACCAAGCGGCAGCGCUGCUGUCCCCACAGGUCCGAGGAAAGCUUGGGUCUCUGUUCUUUUUGAGCGACAAUCCCUUGUCUGUGUGCCCCGCCGAAGAUCGCUGCCUGUUCGUCGGCUCGGGCGCGUUGGGCCAGCGAGGCCCGCAGCCGUGGGGCGCGGACGGAGGCCUGGACCGUGGCUCCGGUGAGAAGAAGCGCGAGAAGAAGGAGGAGAGGAGACAGGUCAAGAGUGAGGAAGACAAGUCCAGGGAGGAGGCGAAGCAGGAGAAGAGGAAGAAAGGCGCAGAAGGAGACGCUGGAGAGGGCUCGACAACCGGCGAGGGGGUCGGCGAGGACGGCGCCGCGGAGCUCCCGAAUAGAGGGCAGCGCAUUCAGGCCGACGAGGGUGGAGAGAAGGUAAAAGAAGACGAGAACCAGACGGAGGACUGCGCUGCGAUUCCGAGGCCGCAGGACAAAUCCGAUGAAGAAGACAACGGGUGCAUGUCGCCGCGGAAAUCCGCGCUCGAAUCGGGCCUCAGAGAGGACGCGUCACCCCGGCCGUCUGCACGCGCGCAUCGUCGAAAGAGCGCGACAGACGAGGCCACUCUGGACGCGUCCCUGGAGGACGGCUUUCUGCCUCUCUCGCCCUCGCUCCACGCCUUUCUGUUGGACACCGUCGCCCGCGGCAUAGAGGAACAGAGACAGUCUCCCUUUGUGCGUCUGAGGAGAGAGACGCCUCUGCGUCGGGGCCCCGGGGACAGCGAAGGACGAGACGGCUUGCUUCCGUCCUUUGCGCCGCUCUUAUCCGGCUCUUCGUCGAUUCUUUUGCCUUGCGCGAGAGACGCGCGCGGCGAUGGCCCGCGGGACAAGAAGAAGGAGGAGAAGAGAGAAGAAGACACACCUCUGUCGAGCCGAGACUUGGGCCUAACGGCGGGCGUUUCUGAGGCCUCGCCCUCCGCUGGCAGCAUCACAAGCGCUUCCCGAGAGGUCGACUCGCCUGUGCAUUCCGUCAGUACCACUUGGUCCUCUUCGCUGCCUUUGCCGGGCUCCUCGCCUGGCGGCCUAGACGGCGUCUCCGCUCCUGCUGCGGGCGCGUCUCCUGUGGGGAAAGACACUGCGGGGCGCGGCACCGAGAAGAACGAAGCAGAGGGAGCUGGCCGGGCCGGCGGCGCGGCGAGCUGGGGUGUCCCGGGAGCUUGCACCUGCUGCUUCUGCCGCGGAGAGAAAACCGAGGGUGAACGAGACAAGGGGGCAGGUGUGCCUUUCGGAGCCGACCCGGACGUCUCUUCUCACCCUACAGCAGGCGCGUCUUCGCCUCCGGGCCUUCUGUCUGUCGACGGCGAAGCAGAGAAGCCCCGGCACUGCACCUGUCAACUGUGUUACCUCUCCGAGGGCGUCUGGUCGAAGCGAGAAUACCUCGCGUCUGCGGCGCUUCUCGGUGCGGACGAGGAGCUGAGACAUGCCCCCUCGCUUCUCCUCCAUUCGCUUCCGUCCCCCACUUUCGGCGCCUCGGGACUGAGAGGCCCCGGACUCUUUGGGGAAUCCGACGACGGGGCUUGCCUGUCGAGCUUCGACGCGGACUCUUCCUUGGAUGUCAGCGCUUCAGACCCGGUCUCCCUCUCAGACUGGAUCUAUCUGCAGCACGAGAAAACACUUGACCUCGCCGCCCCCCUCACCUUCGACAUCCUCGCCAAUGCGCCUCCCAGCGUCUUCCUUGGGGCGGCCUUUUCUGGUUUCUCCGAUCGCGCAGGCCCUGCGGGCCUCUCGCGCCGCACCCGCGAGGUCCGCGGGGGCUCCUCAGCCUCGUCCAGGCUCAAGGCGAGUCGCAGCUCGGGGCGCUUGGGGACGCAUGCGUUGCCGCUGUCUCCAGCUCACCGGGAUGUCUCUCUUGAGUGCCACGAAGACCCGCUCGCAGACGCUCGCGACCAGAAGGGUGAAGAGGUCCUCAAGGGCGACAACGACGAGACUCUGGGCGCUCCCGGGCAGGUAGGGGCCGGCGGCCGACGCGGGGUCGCCUGGGGGCCUCUUUCGUCGGGUGCGUCAGGCUCCAGCGGCGAUGCGAGCGACGGCCGGGAGGAUCGCACAGCAUCGGGUCCCGCAGUGGGCGCGGCGAGAGAGAGAGACGAUGAAGGAGACGAAGACGACGACGAUCUUCGUCCAGGCUCUGCAGACGGAGUUUCUCAGGCUCCCAACGUCGGCGCCGAGCCUCUGCAAGGCGUAGCCGAAGGCGCGUCGGCCGCGAGCGUCGCGCUUCGACACAAGUCGAGGCUGGCCAGGAAGGAGAGAAGGCGAAGGACGGCGUGGAAGCUGCUGGAGAAUGUCUCUCUCUCGGCGAUCUGGGACAUCCUAAGCAGGAAAACCGAUAACGCGUUCACUGAUCUCCUCCCCGUCGAGUUCCGACCCCCCGACUGGCGCCUCGACGUCUGUCAAAUCCCUGCACUCAAACAUCAUGAAGAAUGGGAGGAAGCCAUUGCCGAGUUGUCGAAUCUAGCCGCCGACCCUUUCUCCCCGGCGUGUGGCGCCUCGCCAUUUCCAUUUGUACCGGACUUUCUCUUGUCGACUGCUGCUCAAGGCCUGCCGGGGCCGGCGGGCCGAGGCCUCUUGGCUUUCCCGGAGUACCUGGGCCCCGUCUUCCAGGCUGCGUCCCCCUUUGCGUCCGAAGGCUUGUCGAUCGGCGCGCCGGGCAGCCGACCCCGCACGACAGAGGCCGGCGUCACGGGCGCAGACAAGGAGAACCGAGACGGGCAGAAAGACGAUCAAGACGAGAGGUUGAAGGACGGCAGAGAGGAGGACGCAAGUCACCUGUCUCCGUCCGCGCCGGGCCUGUAUCACCCUGGAGGCCCCGGGGCAGACCGGGGUCGCGUCGACGAUCCGAGCAGGCCUGGAGAGACAGGCGCAGAGCACGGCCUCGCCUCCUAUCCGUAUUUGCAUGCGGGGCAGGCGUCAAGCGCGGCAUACGCCCGCCACCAAGCACGAGGCUGCAAGGGAAACGAUCCUUCUCUGUCGGAGCGUCUGUUUGCAGCGGAAGCCGGCCAACGGCCCCCCCUCUUCUCUUCGCCGUACCUGCCGAAGACGACCUUCCCGGCUGGGUACCCCCCAGGGGCGUUCCCGGGGUACGCGCCCGUGGGCCCUGGCCGGGCGCCACUGGGCGGGCCCGCGCCUGGAGCCCAAGCGCCGGGCGCGACUGCGGUGUCUCGGGGCCGGCACCUAGUGCCUCCUGGCCCAGGGGGGAUGCACGCGAAGGGCCCACAGGGCGCGGGCGCGUCUCUUUCUCGGGCUCGGGACGAGUUUGGAGCCCAACGCGGCGCAGGAGUCUGCACGGGGGGCCUUUCCGGGGGGACGUUGGGAGCGUCUGGGGCGCGGGCCGGAGCCCGUCCGCAUCCACAGUGGGACUUGAAUGAGAGUGCAAUGCUCCUCGCUCUUGUGAAAAAGUUCGGGCAACCGAAUCCUCACUACAUACCGUUUGGAUCGCACCGAUCUCGCCUCGUCGCGUCUCUGCAUCGAAGUGCAGAGGCAAAGAAGCGAAGACUGCGAGUGGUCGCGGGCCUUAGGCAUCUUCUCCAGCGUCGGCGACUCGGAGAAAAGGCGGUCGAAGAAGAGAGUGGAGCUCAAAACUCGACUGUUGUUGCGCGCAAGAGAACUCUGAAGCAUGCUCUGGCUUCCUGGAGCAAGAAGGGAAGACUGCUCUCUCUUCUCGCGGCCGUCGAGAGAGAGGAGGUGGAACUGGAAAGGGCGUCGACGGCUGCAGAGAAGGACGGCGAGGCGGGUCGCACGGACGCGGGCGCAAGGUCUGAAGACUGGCAGACCGGAGCGAAGAAAGGAACAGACAGUCAGAGCGAGAAGUUGCCCAUCCCGUCUGUGUUGACGUACUCGUCGCGGUCGGUAAACUGGGACCUGGUAGCGACUACUCUGAGUAACUCUGGAACGUGGCUGGCGAAUGCACUGGCGGGAAGCGACGGAGGCCGUAAACCGUCUUUUUUCUCGCCUCAGGGUGUCUCUCUCGUUUCACUCGGAGACGCCAUGGCCUCGUCUGCCGUUUCCCGACUUCGGUCCCCUGCAGAGUGCCGGGAACAGUACCUCCUCUUGCGCGCGCACUUGAGGAAAAUGGUCACUCAGCCCCGAACGCAGCGACAUCCGAUGCUUGUUCUUCUUCUCCAGCAAUACUACAAACACAUCCGCAGGCACCCGACCUUCCAGGAGAACUUCUACCCCCUCCGUCCCCGCCAUCCCCUACCUGGAGGGCGAGCAGUCUCCUCUUUCUCGCCCGGACCCCCGCUCUUCUCACAGAGCGUCAGGGAGAGUCUGGCGUCCGGCGCGUUCGCGCCCCUAGUCGACAAGCCGCCGUCGAGAUUCUUCCACGCGCUCCUCCCUCCCCAGGUCUGCCGUCAUCUUGAGAGCGCCGUGAACCAGUCGGUCCGAGCUGGCGACUGCGCGCGCAAAGAGACAAACGGAGACACCCCGGAGACCGAAGGAGACAGCCAUCGUCUCUCGGGGAAGAUCUUGCACACUGAGCUGGACAGAGAAUGCGCAAGAAGAGUCGUUGUUUUCGAGUUGCGCGACGGGGCAGAGUGUGACGGCGAAGCGGGUUCGUCCUGGACAGAGACAGGGAAAAGAAAAAGAGAGUGGAGAGGCGCUUUUGCUUUGAAGCACAGGCGACUGGAGGGCGAAAGUGCAAAAGACAGAAUGUCCGUGGUCUUCUCCGAAUACCCUAUUGGCAAUUCCUUCGCUCACGAUCUCGCGCUCUGGUGCUCGCGGCUGCUGGGAGAUAGCUACCACCGCGCUUCCUCGAGCUCGAGAAAGAUUCAAAGACUCUCGCCUCUUCACCAGUUCUUGGAAGGCGUCCAACGACAUCGAGAAGAGCGAAGUGGAGGCUCGGCCUAUCCGCGAAACGGCGUCUUCGGUUCGUCGCGCUUUCUGGUCCAGGCUCUGUCGUCCCUUCUCUCUAGGCCUUCUCGAGCUUCUCUCGGAGUCAAAGAGAAAUGCGGGGAUGCCCCUCAGGAAGCACUGGCCUUGGGGCUUUCGAAAGAGACGAAGCCUCAUGGAUCCUACGAUCACGCGCUUCCUCUCCCGCGUCGGCUGCAGCUGCUUAUCGCGCUUGCUGCGGAGCUGGGGACGCAUGCGUUGCUCUACACGCCUCGCGGGGUUUCCAAAAGUGUGAGUGGAGAUUCUCGGAAGAACAUUUCCUCGCUGGUGGACUCUGUUCUAGGGUCUAGGUCGGCCGCGGCGGGAGCGCGAACAGGCAAGGCGCCUCCGGGCGAAUCUCCCGUCGCGAUCGCGCGAGUGGGGACAGUGUGGGGUGGAGACGUUCCUGGCGCAGAGACAGUUUGGGAGACACUCGAAGGCACGGACCCCGUGGCGUACGGCCUCGCUCUGCAUGACGUAAGCAACGAGGAGACAAGCAGACACUUCGGAUCGUUCGCGCUUCGGUGCCUGCCGCUGCCCUCCCCUGCGAUCAGCGCGAACAGGACCUUCUUUUCGUCCGCAUUUGACGCUUCGGCACCUUCGGGGCCCGUGAAGAAGCCGCGGCCCGGCGCAGUCUCCUGUGUCUCCGCUGUGGAGGCGAGCGCGCCGGUGCCGCAGACAGGGUCAGAGACUCCGAGGGAGGCAACGACUUUGUCUGCGAGGGCGGCCGAAGGCGAGCGCCCCGAGGGAGAGCCAACGGCAGCAGAGAGAGAAUGUGAGAAGAUGAGUGCCUCCCAGAAGGACGAGGAAGUUCCGCGACAGAGCCGAGAGGGGCAGGGAGCACCUGUGCCUAAUACGAAGCAAAGAGCUGAGCAGGAACCUGCGAGAGACGCCGACGAGAAGGGCAAGUCCGUUGCGGGAGUUCAUGCUUCCGCCGCGGAGAAGGCGGGAUUUUGGCUCAUGCUCGACGAAGUGGGGGCCGAUGCCAAAGGCUCUGCAGGCGCCAAGCCUCUGCCUCCGCUCUGGAGGACUGCCCGCUCUUCUGGUGGGCUUCUCGGCUUUGGGUUGGAGGGGCCGACGUUCCACGAGAUGAUUCGCUGUGUCACCCGAAAGAGCUUGGGCGCACUGGCUUGCUCGGCGUCGCAUCUGUGUCAGCCAGGCCGCUUCGGAGGCCGCGCCUCGUCGCCUAGUAGAACCUUUUCUUGUGGGGCCCGGCGGUCGCGGGGCGCCGGGGCCGAGGGCAUCGGAGACAGAGACAGAGCGCGAGUGUCGCUGUCUGCAGGGAGCGCCGGGACCUCAGGGUCGAGCCGGUUGGAGAGACGUGAAGAAAAGGCUCGACAUGGGAGUCUGCGGGACGCGUGGGUUCCAGCAGAAAUAAGCCAGCAAGAAUCGGAAGGCAUCAAAUUCGCCGCUUCCCUUGUCUGUAGGUGCAGCGACAGCAUGAGGAAACGUCUAGCUGCUCUGAACAGCUUGUCCGACGCUCUGGGUGUCCGCAGUCUCCUCCCUCCAGGUGUGCCGGGGAACCCGCUGCUGGUGCCCCCCCACCCGUCGCAGUUGCGAUUCCUAGAUGGUGCUAACCACCUCCUCAGUUCGUACGUGCACCGCCAGGAAGGGCCUUCUCUGCUGUACUCUUUUUCGGCCCCCCGCAGUUCGCCGGAAGCGGAGGCGACGACUACGCGAGCGACGAAGCUCCCGGACCCACUCUCCGCCUCGAAUAGACUGUCUCUGGGCGUCUUGCCGCUCACGGGGCCUCUCAACCCCCAGCAGUUCGGCGCGACCCUCGCCCCCUGGCUCCUGAUCGUGAAUCUGGCGUUGCAGCGCGGAGAGCAGGAACAGCUCCUCGCCUCCGCGACCCAGUGGAUUCAACAGGCUUCACGCUCGUCGCUCGGCGCGCUUCCACCGAGCCUCAGCCUCGCAGCCGCCGGUCCCGCCAUCCUCACGCCUGCAGUCGCGUCGCUCGACGCGUUCCGGAAGCCGCAGCUCCCAGAGGUCCUGGCUGUCUUCCGCAGUCAGCAGGGGGGACACCGGCUGUCGACGGCGCACUCGAGGAAUUCGACUGAGGGCGCGUCUUCGCGGCAGCCAACGUCAUCGCUUUCUUCGCAGUUUGCGAUGGCCAGAACAGGUGCCGGAUCGCUCCCGGUUUCCACCGGCGGAUCUUCGAUCGCCUACUCGUCUUCUUUCGUCUCGAGUUCUCUCCACGCCUCGCAGGCACCCCCCAGAGUCGUGCUCACCGCCCCGGCUGGGGCGUCCCCGCAGGGACCUGUCCCCUUUGCCGGCGGGGUGGCGGCGGCGCCGUCGCCCGGAGCCGGACCGGCGCCAGAGGCGAAGGGGGGUGCGCGGCUGUCGACAGGGCGAGAAGGCGACGGGGCCGCUCCAGCCUAUUCACGGCCUUUCCCGAAAGACAGGCAAGGAGGCCCCACAGGCCCUGAGGGCGGAGUGCCGGCGUCGCCGUAUUUCUUCCUGCAGGGAUGCCCCUCCUCGUCUUCACCCGCUUACGCGCCUUCUGUCUCCUACCAAGGCCAUGUCGGGGGAGUUCCGGGGAGCCAGGCGUACCCGGCGCCAAUGCCAGUCCCGUUUCAGAAGCCCCACGAAACGUCGAGUGAAGACAAGGCUGCCGGAAACGGCCCCCGAGCUCGAAUGCUCGUCCCCUCCGCAGGGGCCUCGGGUGCAACUCCGCCUCAACACGGAGGGAUGCUCCCUGUGGGGCCCGGCGCCCGAUCGGGGCCAGCGGCGAGGCCCGAGACCCAGGAUCCUUCUUUCCAUUCGUCUGGCGCCGCUACCGGUCCUUAUCAGGCUUUUGCUUCGUCUCCCGGCGGCCCCAGUCCAGGUGCCUUUGCGUCGGCACCACCUUUUCAUGGCGCCGUCCCUCCAGGCUCCGCGGGCGGGGACAGUACCGUCCAUGCUCAGGGCCCGCGGCGAGAUGUUCCUUCGUUCCCAGCCUCUGGAGGCGAAGAUCGGCAAGGCCCUUUCGGGGCCCAUGGGCCUGCGGGUUCGACUGCGAGCGGGCCAGGCUUGCGGCCCGAAGAGGGCGCACCAGGGUCGGGGAAGUCUGUUAACGAGCCUGUCUCCUCUGGAGGCGCGACUCACGCGAAAUCUGGCCAUGAGGGACUUCCUCCUUCGUUCGGGAGCGACGGGGAGCCGGGGCCACACCCAGGGCCUGGAGUGUUUGUAACCCAGCGAGUGGACUCCGCGACCGCUGGCAGUGGCGACCCCUCAGAAGUGAAGGGGGGCGAACAGGCACCCGAGGGGACGACUCGCAGCAGUGGUUCGGAGGCCGCCGCCGGCUCCUCUCCACCUUUCAGAACCGAAGAGGGAGCAAAGUCACACUUUGCCUCUGCGCCUGGGCACCCGGCAAAGCACAAUUCUUUUGCACCCCCUUCGGCGUCUGGAACGCCUCUUCACGGCCCUGCGGAUCCUCACGCAGGCGCAGUAGGCGGCGUCCCGCCGUCUGGGCCAGGCGUCUACCCACAAAGGGGCGCACCAGGGAGCGGUCGCGGGCCCUUCCCGCCCACGGGGCCUCUGGCCCAUCCUUUCUCUUCCAUGCCAGGUCCGUAUCUCCAGCCUCCGCAGACAGGCUCCGUGGCUGUGGGGCCCUACGGGCAGGCAGUCGGGCCCCAGCUCGCGGGAGGCGCGCGAUCGCAGCCUGGGGGCGCCGGGGAAACUCCGAGUUUCCCUUUCCAAGCUCCUCGCCCAGGAGAUACUUCCGGGAUGCGAGAUCGCGAGGCGGAGGCUUCCCCCUCAGGUGUGGCGCCUUCGGCCAUGCACAGCUGUGCGCCGGGUCAGCGUCCUGGCACUCCCGCCGAGGGACGCGUUUCCGGAGGGAAAGAGACGGACUCUGCGGUGGGUUUGGCAAAGGCCAAGAACCUGUCCGCCCCUGGGUUUUACUACCCAGGCUCGAUGGGCCCUGAGCCUGGCGCUCCGGAAGAGAACAGGGCCGGUCGGGGCGAGGAGACAGGCUCGCAAGGGCCGCCGGGCGAGAGGGGUGGUGCGCGGGCUGAAGAAAGCCAUGCGAACUACAGCGGCCCCGGUGGCGAGCCUGGCUAUGACGCGGCACAGUCGGCGGGUAGUGGCUAUCGAAUGGCGCCCGGUUCAGCAUCGCCGGAGUACAACUCCUCGUUCGGGCCCUCGUACUUUUCGUCUGCGUCUCACGGCUCCAAGGUUCCCCAGAAUUCUCCAGGAGUCCCCGGGGACGGUCCCCUCAGCGGCGCGCCCGCGCCCCAUGCAGGCCAGGGCGGGCCUGGCGCAGGACCUACUGAUCCGUACCCUGGUGGGCCAGCCUCGGACGCGACCCAUGCGGGACCCGCAGGGUAUUUCGGGGCUCCAGGCUCCCAGCCCGGUGGGGUUCGAAGCGAGGAACUGCGGCGCCGGUCGGCGGGGCCUCCAGGCGUUCCAGGAGCGCCUCUUGUCGCUCCCGACGGCGGAGGGUAUGGGUACCCCGUGGCUGGGAAACCAACUAUAGGAAAAGAAGAUGUUGGCCAACAGCCCCCGACGUACCUGCCGUAUCCUGGAGUCGGCAACGCGACAAACAUCCCCCGCUCCCCUGGAGACGGUGCGAGUCUAAACCGACGCAGGGAAGGUCAGGAGAGUCCGUGUCCGGGCUGGGGCGGCGGGGCGCUCCCUGGGGGUCCGUACGCGUCGUCUGUGUCUUCGCUCUCUUCUUCGCCUCCGUCUUCCACAGGCAGCAAGCCGAAGCGGACUCCGUCGACAGCGGGCGCGAAGGCGCACCCACCGCGGAAACGCCAGAAGAAGCAGCAGCCGCCCGCCGAGAAAGCGAAUCCCGACUCGCCAGCUCAGGUCGUCGGCGCACCAACGCCUCCAUUCAGCGCGGCGUCUGGGCUCAAGCCGAUUGGCGAAGAGGAGAGACACAGCCGCGAAGGCGUCGGUCCCGACCGCGCGCCGGUGACUGUGGGGGGCAGUCCGCCCAAGAAAGAAGAUGCAGACGGUGGUUUGAACCACCACGGACGCGGAGUGCAACCGCCAAGCAUGUCGCCUUCUGUACACCCAGCGUCUGCAUCUCUUCCCCAAGGAUUCGAAAAUGCCGGGAGUUCUUCCAUAAUGGGGAUGGGCGCGACAGGCCCCUUCGCAAGCAAUCAAAUGAUGCCGGGUGUCCGGCCCUCUGACGCCAGUGGGCCCCCCGGCGGGUUCUUGGUUCAGCACCCCUCGCCGUUUCUCCCGCAUGUGCACCCCGCACCGAUGACACCGCAUGAGCCAAACGCGCCGCCUCAGAUCCAAAUGUUGGGGACACCGGGGGCUCCUUCUGGAGGACGGGACAUGCCAACAGGACAAGAAAGCGUCCCUCCCAAUCUCCAGGCACCGUUCACGCCACAGUCGAAUUUUCCGGGAGGCUUGCCGUCCGUAUAUGGCCCCAUGGCAACACCGGGCCAGCGGCCGGAGUCCCUGCAGUCCCCCCAGCCUCACAGAGGGCCCUUGCCGGUCUCUUCGAUACCAGGACAGGCGCCGCACAUGGGUCACCCGACGCAGCCGGCGCGCGGGGGCAUGCAUGCACCAUUUUCGGCGAUGGGGAAAGUCGGACCUCCCGGAACCUUCGCCGGCGCCCCUGGGGCGAAGCCGGCAGGGCUCGGGGAGUCCGGCGGGCCUGUGUCUCGGAGCGGGGACUUCGGAGACGCUUCCCGAGGGGCGGCCAGUGGAGCCCAACACUCUCACCCUGUGCAGCAGAUGCCUCCCCACACUUCGUUUGUCUCGGGGGUUCCUGGGCCUUCCGGUCUGGGUAUGUCUGGGGCGCCAGCCUCCGGCGUGUCGAUGCCGGCUGAAGGGAGCCACGCGCUGAGCCACCCGGGGGGCAUGCAUGCACUCGGUGCUUCGCAGGCAGGGCCAGGGUUCCUCCCUUAUUCGCAAAAUGCGGCACUGCCUGCGGACACUGCGAGUCAGAAGUCGAUGAAUCCGCAGCUUCAGGGCUCCUUCCCCACAUCUGCGUCGCUGCCGCCUUCUUUUCCUUCUCAGAUGCAUUCCGUCUCGCAACAGCCGCCCUUCGUGAAUGCGGGGGCGGUGCCUGUGCCUCAGACAGGCGCCGCGAGUCGCGGCCCCGCCUUCUUCAACGGAGGCGACCGGGGUAGCAUGCAGCCUCCAAUGCAUGCAGUCCCCUCGGGGUAUUUUCACGGCCACCAGAACCCGUACGAUCCGGGCCACAGAGGGAGCGCUGGACCCGGCGCCCCGUCCGGACCUGUGAACUCGAUGUCCGCUUUCUCUUCGCUCCCGAUGCACCCUUACGGGGCUUCGAUGCCGGGAACCUCUGGCGAAGGUCACGCCUACGCGUCUCCGCCUGUUCAGAGUCCGCAUCUGAUGAAUCGCGAGAGCACGCCGGCGGGAGGCCCUGGAAGUCUCGGCCAAGCGAGCCCGAACCCUGGGGGCCUCACUGGGGCCCCCGGAGGGGCCUGCGGCGUCUCCAACGUCGCGCCGUUUGCACAGGCCGGAGCCUACAUCCAUCGAGAGGGUUUAGACAGGCAGAAUCGCGGUCCGCCGUCUCAACAGCAGUUCCAGUUCCCCACCCAUCCCGGCCAAAGAAGCGGACGCGAGGGCAGAGAUGGCGAAGCCGCGUACUCGGCGAUGCCGCAGACCUCGUAUUACCCCCCACCUGCGCCCGGACAGUUCCAGGAGGAAGGGGCGUAAACGAGCGAUUCACGAAGGGCACACUUUCUUCGGAGGGACUUCACAGGAAGAGUUCUGGGGAGUCGUCUUGCUUGAAGAAGAGGGACGAGAGAAGAAAGAAAAAAGUGGACGUACAGAGAUGAAGGACAAAAGAAGGCAGAAAGAGAAGAACACCAAGUCUCAUGGCUGGGACCGAGAAGGCUAGGAACACAUGGGUCGGCAGUGUGGGGAAGGAAGAAGAUUUGAGAAGGUGACACCGAAGAGCGGGAAGGAUCCAGACGAAGAGAUAACGAAGAAAAGAGAAAAGAGGAAAACCGUUCAUGCUUUCAAAGAAUGGCCCAGCAGUCUUUGUGGCGAUACAACACCAAGGAGAAACGAUGGUGUCGGGGACUAUGAGGUCGCCUGCCGGAGGCCUCUUUGUCGUUACUCGUGGGGGAAGGAGAGACUAAACGAGAGCAGAAUGGACACAACGGUUGUUUCGUCACGGUGAAAACCGUUGUAGAAUGCCUCGAGGGUGAUGUGGAUUCUUUUGUACUGUCUCGCCUUUCAUCUGGAGAGUGCACCCUUUUAUCGUGUAGCGCAGGCCACGGACGUUUUUUACAGCCAGUCGCGUUGUACUGUUUGUCUCCACAUGCGUUUCUGCAUCUCUUCUGGAGCUCUCCUUGCCCGACCGUCUUCAUGUAUCGCAUGCACUGCUUGUGCUUUCAUG